AUGUCUUACGCAAGAUUUGAUGCCAUCAGCACCAGCCCUCGAGCUCGAACACCAUCGGGGCCGCGAUACCCAUCAGCGUUUGUUCAUGGCAACACCUUCGCCUUGCCCUCUUCACCCGACAAUCUGGCCGGACUCUCCGAUGAUCCUUUCAACAUGAAUUCCACCAGCAACCGCCAGGCGCAACAUUCGUUUGCCCACAUCACCAAUGAAGACGUCGGUGAGCAUGGUCGAUUCACACGAUGGCUGGAGAAGACCCAGAUGGAACAGGAGAAGAAGUACAACCGAACAGUGACGAUCUCGCCUUUGCCCGACUCCCUAACUGUGGCCGACGUUCUUCCCCGGGUCCGUGGUGGCGUGGAAUCGUGCUACAUUAGCCAGUUCGAGGAGAACCGUAUUGCCAUUGUCACUUUCAAGCUUCCCGCAGAUGCUAUCACCUAUGCUGAGUUCUGCGCCGAGACACCGGUCUGGGGUCUGUGGACAUUUCAAAUUUCACGCCCCGGUGUCCCCUUUACUUGGGAGCGCCGCGCAAAGGUCCAGCUAUACAAGACAGCCCCUGGAAUGGGAACUGUUUGGAACCGUGGUGACAUCCCCACCGAGCCCCGAACCGUUGUUCCUGCAGGCUCUCGCUGCCUCGUUUACAAGGAGUGUAAGCCUUAUGAGGUUGCCGGCAUUUAUCGUGCCCUUGAUCUUCACAACUCCCAACACCAGAAGGAUCAGGUGGAGGGAAUGUGGCUCGACGGCCCAGUGCGUGACCAGAAUGGAGCGCCCAUUUACGGAGACCUGCAUGUCUGGUAUACCAGCAUGAGGGCGGCUCAAGAAGCCAAGUUGCGUGUUGUCCAGCUUGAAUAUGAAUACGACCCGUGCUCAGAUGGCCCAGAGAAGCUCAUACUGAACCUUGAUGAGGGAGAGGUCCGCAUUUUCAGACACCAUGAGCCUUUUGUCGACUUGCUAGCGCUCGACUCAAAGAGCCUCUUGGCUUUUACCUUUGAGGGUGUCAUUGACCCUGUCCAAGCAUUCUGGCAGUGUCGUACUCCUCUUUUGUCCAUUCCGGACACAGGUAUCACCGGACGCUUGCAGUGGUCUCUUAACAACCUGCAAACUGGAACUCUUCCUCCUCCAGCUCCACUGUCCGACCCUUUUACUGAUACCCGUGUGACAACUACUGGCCUGUGCACCAGCAGCAUCGCCAAUCACGCUCCACAGCAGCCCAAACCUGGUCCUGCUUCUUAUAGCCUCAGCGGUUUUAAUCAGAACGUUGCCAGCCUCUGUCAAUCCUUUACAGCCAACCGCAAUGCUCUUCCCGGCUAUCACCUCUCGCCUUUGGAGGCCUAUGUCGCCCGCACCCAGGAGCGUCAGGCUCUCGGCUUUCCGCCCUAUUCUGGUGCACGCCACACUGAGCAGCCGUACCGCGCCAUCGGUCCUCCCAGCAAUUUUGCAAACAACAGCAGCAGCGGUGGUAUCGGUAGUAGCAACACAGGCGGCAACUGUUGCAAUCCCAACCACAACUACUCUAACCUGGGUGGCCUCAACCCCCAGAGCGGACGCCAGCCUCGCUCGGGAUUCUAUGAUUCCUAG